AUGUUCUUCUCGACGUUGAAGCGUAUGCCGAUUCGACCGCUGAAUCGUGUGACACUCUUGGGCGCGCUGCAUGACGUGCAGACGGGCUUUCUCGACCAAUCUAGCGUCUUUCAGUUUGUGCUGACUUGCUCUUUUCUUGACCUGCAGGCGGCUACUGACGCGAAGAAGCCAGCAGCAGUGAACCCUAGCGUUUCGGUAGCGCUGGGGGUGGCUGCAGGAGAGCAGCAGAAGCAGCAGGCGGCGAAGGAACAGUACACUGUCCGCUGCCUGGGUGACGAGGCGUACACAGAUGCCCUGAGGGGCGCGCUUGAGGAGGGUUGCAUUGUGCAGGUUGUUGGACGCCUAAAGACCAUCGAGACGAUGGACGGCAGCAAGAAACAAUUGUUUCCUUUCAUCAUCGUCGAGCAGGGGCGGUGGAGCAACGUCUCGCUGAUCCACUCCCCGCGAAAGCAGCGGCGUGAUUGGCAGCUCCAAAGCGCAUUAGCUGUGGCAACCCCACCGAGGUAG